AUGGAGUCUCAACAACUUCAUGUAGUCUUUGUUCCAUUUCCAACUCCUGGCCAUAUGAUCCCUAUGAUAGACACAGCAAGACUAUUUGCCAAACAUGGUGUUAAUGUUACCAUCAUCAAUACGCAUGCCAAUGCUUCAACCUUUCAAAAAUCCAUAGACACUGACUUCAAUUCAGGAUACUCCAUCAAAACUCAGCUUAUUCACUUCCCUUCAUCCCAAGUUGGCCUCCCUGAGGGUGUUGAAAACGUCAAAGAUGGAACUAACUCAGAAAUUCUUGGUAAAAUCGUUCAGGGAAUAUUGAUGCUACAAGAUCAAAUAGAGAUUCUGCUUCAAGAUCUUCAACCAGAUUGCAUAAUAACUGAUAUGAUGUAUGCUUGGACUGUUGAAUCAGCUGCAAAACUAAACAUUCCAAGGAUUCACUUUUACAGUUCAAGCAUAUUCUCCAAUUGUGCAAGCUAUCUUGUCAGAAAGUAUAGACCUCAUGAUGAUUUAGUUUCUGAUACACACAAAUUUACUAUUCCUUGUUUACCUCAUACCAUUGAGAUGACACCUUUGAUGCUUGCUGAUUGGAUUAGGACUAAGAAUUCAGCCACAGGCUCUUUUGGUGCAAUAUAUGAAUCGGAGAAAAGAAGCUAUGGAACAUUAUACAAUAGUUUUCAUGAACUUGAAAGUGAUUAUGAGAAACUUUAUAAAACUACAAUAGGGAUCAAAUCUUGGAGUAUGGGGCCAGUUUCAGCUUGGGUUAACAAGGAUGAUGAAAAAAUAGCCAAUAGAGGAGACAUUGGAAAAGAAGGAGAAUUGUUAAAUUGGCUUAACUCUAAGCCAAAUGAGUCUGUUUUGUAUGUAAGUUUUGGUAGCCUUACUAGGCUUUCUCAUGAACAGAUAGUUGAAAUAGCUUAUGGACUUGAAAAUUCAAGUCAUAAUUUCAUUUGGGUUGUUAGAGAAAAGGAUAAAGAUGACGAUGGCGAAGGUUUCUUACAAGGUUUUGAGGAAAGGAUGAAAGAAAGCAACAAGGGGUAUAUCAUAUGGAACUGGGCCCCACAGCUUCUGAUAUUGGAUCACCAUGCAACAGGAGGGAUAGUGACUCACUGUGGUUGGAACUCAAUCCUUGAAAGCUUGAGUGUUGGUCUGCCAAUGAUCGCAUGGCCAAUGUUCGCCGAGCAAUUUUACAAUGAGAAGUUGCUUGUUAAUGUUUUGAAGAUAGGAGUUUCUGUUGGAUCAAAAGUGAACAAGUUUUGGUCAAGUGUAGGUGAAGAUGAAUUGGUGAGAAGAGAGGAGAUUGUUAAGGCUGUGGAGAUUUUGAUGGGAAGAGGUGAAGAGAGCAAGGAAAUGAGGAUGAGGGCAAGAAAGCUUGGUGAUGCUGCCAAGAGGACUAUUGAGAAAGGUGGACAUUCCUAUAACAACUUGCUUCAGUUUAUCGAUGAGCUGAAAUCAUUAAAGAUUGCUAGAGAACUUGAAAAAAGCAUGUUAGAUAAUUGA